AUGGAGCUGUCCGCCAAGGUGGGUCACGGUGAUAGUGGGGGUUUCGUACAUGAAACAUAUGUGCAGGACGAUCGACCUCUCGCACCACCGCCCAUUCAUGUCGCGAUUCCGGAGCAUGAGGCAGAGGAGGGUGAGGAGGAGUCGGACGAGGAUUACGUAGCGGACAGUGCGGACAGUGAGUCUUCCGAUGGUGGCAAUGAUGAUGAGUUUGUGCCGGAGACACCUGCCGGGGGUGUGGCACGCCAUGUGCUGCCUCCACCUCACCCGAUUCCGGCGCUAUCGGCUGUGCCAAAGUUUUGGGUUGGACACAGGUUCAGAAGCCGAGAGGCGGUGCUUCAAGGUGUGAAGAACUACAAUAUUCGUAGGAGUGCUGAGUACCGGGUGAUCGAGUCCAACCAGUUAAAGUACCAUGUGCAGUGCCAUCAAGCCGACAGUGGGUGUCAAUGGAGCCUCCAUGUGGCCCUUCGUCAGAAUUUUGGAUACUAUCCAACCCCUCUGUCAGUAUUCCAGUCUUGCAAGGUGCGGUCCAAGCAAGCUAUCACUUCAAACCCUCAUACAGAAAGGUGUGAAUGGCAAAGCAGAAGGCAAUUGCACGAAUCUAUGGUGAUUGGGAAGAGUUGUACAACAAGGUGCCGAAACUGUUUCAGGCACCAGAGCUGUUUCCCUGGCACCAUAUGUGACCUAUGCGUCAAACCGUACUACGAUGGACACCUCAUGGUGCGCGACUGCUGCAUGUUCGACAAAGUAUUUUGGGCUUUCUUGUCAUGUGUCGAGGCCUUCAAGCAUUGCAAGCCGUUUGUAUUCGAAGACGGCACGCAUCUGUAUGGCAAGUACGGUGGAGUGUUGCUUAUUACGGUGGCGCAAGACGGGAACAACAACAUACUGCCAAUUACUUUUGCCAUUGUUGAGUCUGAGAGCACCGAGUCAUGGUCGUUCUUUCUUACUAAUUUGAGGCGCCACGUCACCCCACAAGACGGCUUGCUGGUUAUAUCCGAAAGAUCUCAGGCCAUCAAGGCCGUCCUAAGCUCCGAUGAUAGUGGUUGGCAUCCCUCUAGGGCGUUCCAUGCUUACUGUAUUAGACACAUGGCUGUGAAUUUCAUGAGCCGGUUCAAGUCAGUUGAGGGCAAGAGAUACCUCAUAAACACUGCUUACAGUCCAAGUCAGGCCGGGUUUGAGUGGUACAUGGAUGCAUUGAGAGGUGUCUCCCCGGCGAUGGCGGACUGGGCUGAUCGUUUCAGAAAGGAGAUUUGGUUUCAACAUUGCGAUAGUGGGCGGAGGUUUGGACACAUGACCACGAAUUUGUCCGAGUGCAUCAAUGCUGUGUUGAAGGGGACACGCUACUUGGCCAUUUUGGCCAUUGUGCGAAUCACGUACGAGAGACUGCAGAAGUUGUUUGUUACGAAGGGUAGAGAAGUGCAGAGCCAGUUGGCGGCCAUAAACCGCUUCUCACAGAGACUCUUGGCCGCCAUUGAGAAGAAUAGAAAAAGCAUUCUGAAGAUGCGUGUGACGCAUUGUGAUAGACGGGCCUUCGUGUUUAUUGUGGAGGAACUAGAGUCGUUCGAGGGAUGGGAGCAUGAUUCCUUUCGGGUUCGACUUUCGGAGGGAACAUGUGAUUGCGGAUUAUUCCAGUCUCUCUACUAUCCGUGCCGGCACACACUUUCCGGAUGCGCUGCUGCUAGCAUUGAGUGGGCCCCGUAUGUGCAUCCAGUCUACAGGCAGGAAGCUGUGUUCAAGGUGUAUGAGAUGGGGUUUCCACCCAUUCCCGACGAGUCCUUAUGGGCGGAGUGGCAUGGGACGAUGCUGCGUCCUAACCUAGCCAUGCGGCGAAAGGCGACCGGAAGACCAGUGUCCACCAGAUUCCGAAACGAUAUGGAUGACGUCGAGCGACAAGAGAAGCGGUGUGCCUUGUGUAGGCAAGUCGGCCAUACUAGACGGGGUUGCCCUAAACAACCCACCGGAGAUGCCUAG